GUCACUUCCAACAUGAGUGAACUGGAAUCGGACACCGAACCAUUAUCUCCGGCCACGAAAACGUGCAACCCGGGUGGCCUAAUGCCACCGAACCCGGUUGGUAUGUGCUACCUGAGCCCCUUCACAAUGUGCAGCCGUGCCGACCGCACCAUCUCCGAAAGCAAUCUCAGCUCUUCCGGCUACUCGAGCAUGGCAAGCCCUGGGCCAAGCCGCUGCGGCUCAAGCAAUCCUUUGUAUCCCGGCGAAAUGGAUGAGCCAGGCAGCGGCCAUUCCAGUGGUGGGCUCUCUCUGCAUGUAAAUCUUUUGAACCGACGCAAGAACUCCGCCCUCGCCAGCUGCAAGGAGAAUAUAACCAAUGGCAAGGGAACGGACGCCGAAAGCGGCGCGACCGGCAGCAGCACCGAUCAACUGCACAGACCACGUUCCGACUCUGAGACAUUCUCUGAUGAAAUCAUUUUGGAGUCCAACGAUGAAGGUAUCGGUACUGACCAUGUCGAUGAAAAAUUGGAUGAUAGCCGUUUGAGCAGCAAUCGCUUCAAAACAUUAGGUGCCUACAUGGCAGAGCACGUCUUAAUCGAAGUGGACGAGCCGCAGCAGCAGCCGACAAGCACGAGUGCCGCUAGCUGCACCACCAGCGCGGGCAAUCAAAUGGCACAACUGCAACUGCCUUCCAUUGUGAUACAAAUCGACGGCAAUGAAAAGGGUCUCUCACCAGUGUCGUCACGUUCGGAAAGUCCGCUGAGCGAACGCGCUAGCAUGGGCCGCUUUUCACCGCACUUCUACGGGCGUAAAGAUCAACUGCCUUUCACUGACUCAGAUGGACUCUAUGACUUUCCAUCGUCGGAUGGGAAAGGCGGCUCCUUUACCCAUCAGCGUCGCAGCAGCAGUAAAAAGCGUGAACGUAAGUCAUCCAAAUGCUCCGCAACGCAGUCACCCACAAAGCAGCAGCUCGACUUACCGAGCAAGGAGUCGCUAACCACUUCGACAACAACACCGAGCAGCAGCGGGCAUGUGUGCAGUAAGCAUUGUCUUUCGCAUCACCACACUUGUCCGGCAUCGGCAACUACCACACGCAAGAGUCCAAAGCGACGACUCAAUAGUAGACCACCGGUGGCGAGUAGCUCUUCCUCAUCGGAAAGUCUGGUGUCUCCGAAGGAGUUGACUGCCUCAAGGCCACUGCCGCGGCGUCUGAACUCGCCAAAUAGAGAGAAACGUCCCCGAAAGCAGGAGAGUCUGAGCGAAGAAGAAGUAGCUGAUGCCUUGCUGCGGAGAAUUUCACCCAGCAUUGUAAAAGAAGAUACCGAAACAGUUAAGCCGAAAUGUAAAAUAAAUCGUUUGCGUGCAAUUGGAAAUCAAAUAAGAUUUUUGCGACGCCUCAAAAAAUCCAUAAAAACUCGUGAGCGUUUAGCUUCACCAUCGGAUAGCUGCCCGGAAGAGAAUACCGACGACAUGGACUCACCGCAGGCUACAUCACCGCUACUGCAACCGCAAUCGCCCAGCAAGACACGCAUAGCGUUGUGUCGACAAAAGCGACUGCCGAGCGGUACGUAUGGCAUUACAGCAGCUGCAUUGAAUUCCAGCAAUUGGAAGGGUAUGGAUCGUAGCCUCAUCGGUGAGGACUUAAAUAGCGAUUAGACUAACAAGGACCCAGAAGUACAAGUAAGACAUGCUUACGUACGUACAUAUACAUAUACUACAUACUUGCACGGAACAAAAUAAAAAGCGAAAGGCUGAAAUGUACGAAUAUUACGUAAUAUGGAAAUGUUAAAAGCAUUACAUGCAUCUGUAUAGGUUGUAGGUGUAAGUAAAUACAUACUUAGUAUUCAUUAAUAAUUAGUUAGUUAAGAGUUGAACAUGGAAUUGAUUUUUCGUGAAUGUAAGCCAGUGGUAGGUAAAUAAAUAGGUAGACAUAUUUACAUACAAACACUUGUGCACAUACAUAAACAAUAUACAUACAUGUACGUUCAUUAUAGGGUAAGUAAAUAGCAUAAUUCUUAAAACUCACGCUUAAAAAAAGAACACGAAAAUUAUUGAUUCCCUUCGAACAUAUGUAUGUAAAAUGUUUCCAUAGGGCGAGCAAGUACAUACAUGUCAAGACCUAAAUACAUAUACAUUUGAAAGUAUGUACAUAUUUAUUCCCAAGCAAUAGAAUUAUUCUAAAUUCCCUACCAUCGCCGACAUUUAAGAACAGCAUAUAAAACUUUGCUGAAAAUAAAUAAGUAAAAUAUAAAAAGAAAGUAUUUUUCAUAAAAGUAUAUUUCAGGAAAUUAAUAUUCAUUCCAUUUGUACAUACACACUAUGCUUACAUAUGUAUAUUUAAUAUAUAAGCAACGAAGUUUAAAUACAAAUAUUUUUAGGUAAAUAAAUAUUUAGAAACACUUAAUAGAAGAAAUGUGCUCAACAAUUUGCGCUGUGUUAAUUUUUUUGACGAUAAAAAAAUACUAACACAAAAACAAUAAGUAAAGUAAAACGUUGUAGU